AUUUUGGUUACUUAACAUCUUAGAACCUCAUUUAUGGAAUUAGGUAUGUAGAUAUAAUUAUAUUAAAUUAUUUUCGUAAUGUUCCAGCUGUUCAAUACAUAUUUCUUUUUCUUCUUAAUCUAUUAAUGUCACUGUUAUAUAGGACUUCAUCUUUCCUUUAUUUCUGUCUUUGCUGUGGUUACAGCUAUGCGCGUGCACACACACACACACACACACACACAAAAGUGUCCUGUCAUCUCUGGUGAUGGGCCAGCAAAGCAAGCCAUUAAUUAUGUUCUGGUUUUAGUUCAUAGAUACAGGAAACUUGGUUGAGCUGGAGCAGAAAACCAUCCUUUUUCUAUCAGAUAUCAAUUACACUUCUGUUUUAUUUCUAUUUCUGUGGGUCUUCAACAUGCCAGAUACACAAAAUGGAGUCAUUGUGGAAUUUCAAACCACUCAGGGUUUGAAAGUAUUCUUGAAGGGCUGUUUGGACCUGCAUUUUUAAAAGAUCUCAGUUUAUUUAAAGACUGUGAACCUGAAAGCAUUUCUGAUUGGACUUUUGAUGAAAAUUGUCUAUUCUGUUGCUUGAGAAGAGAUAAAGUAAAGGGACACUUAGUCGGUCUGGAUGAACCAGCUUCAGGAGCUGGGCGGGAAGCUCUGCUUAAACAAGAGCAAGCAAAAAUCAUUCGAUUCGAGAAACAAGCAGAAGAGUUCCUCAAUGCAGUCUUUUAUAGAAAAGACAGUCCCUGGGUCUCCGACCCCAAUAUUCCCCUAGUGGCCCGUGAGAUCAUGCAGCGAAUGAUCCAACAAUUUGCUGCUGAAUAUACCUCAAAAAAUAGCUCUACUCAGGACCCCAGCCAGCCCAAUAGCACAAAGAACCAAAGCCUGCCGAAAGCAUCUCCAGUCACCACCUCUCCCACGGCUGCAACUACUCAGAACCCUGUGCUCAGCAAACUUCUCAUGGCUGACCAAGACUCACCUCUGGACCUUACUGUCAGAAAGUCUCAGUCAGAACCUAGUGAACAAGACGGUGUACUUGAUCUAUCCACUAAGAAAAGUCCGUGUGCUGGCAGCACUUCCCUGAGCCAUUCUCCAGGCUGCUCCAGUACUCCAGGGAACGGGCGACCUGGGAGACCCAGCCAGUACCGCCCAGACGGACUUCGGAGUGGUGAUGGGGUACCUCCAAGAAGCUUACAGGAUGGAACCAGGGAAGGUUUUGGACACUCCACAUCACUCAAAGUUCCAUUGGCUCGAUCCCUGCAGAUUAGUGAAGAACUACUGAGCAGAAACCAAUUGUCCACAGCUGCCAGCCUUGGGCCAUCUGGAUUACAGAAUCAUGGACAGCACUUAAUAUUAUCCAGGGAAGCCUCUUGGGCAAAACCACAUUAUGAGUUCAACCUCAGCCGUAUGAAGUUCAGGGGAAAUGGUGCACUCAGCAACAUCAGUGACCUUCCUUUUCUUGCAGAAAACUCUGCCUUUCCAAAAGUGGCACUUCAAGCAAAACAAGAUGGAAAAAAGGAUGUGAGCCAUUCAUCUCCUGUAGAUUUAAAGAUACCACAAGUUCGAGGAAUGGAUCUUUCUUGGGAAUCUCGCACUGGUGAUCAGUACAGCUAUAGCUCUUUGGUAAUGGGUUCACAAACGGAGAGCGCGCUUAGUAAAAAAUUGAGGGCUAUUCUUCCAAAACAAAAUAGAAAAAGCAUGUUAGAUGCUGGACCCGAUUCUUGGGGCUCAGAUGCUGAGCAGUCUACCUCUGGACAGCCAUAUCCCACAUCGGAUCAAGAAGGAGACCCUGGCUCCAAGCAGCCUCGGAAGAAAAGAGGGCGUUACAGACAGUACAACAGUGAGAUACUGGAGGAAGCAAUCUCAGUGGUUAUGAGUGGAAAAAUGAGUGUUUCCAAAGCUCAGAGUAUUUAUGGGAUUCCCCACAGUACACUGGAGUACAAAGUAAAGGAGAGGCUGGGCACUUUGAAAAACCCUCCAAAGAAAAAGAUGAAAUUAAUGAGGUCGGAGGGGCCAGAUGUUUCCGUAAAGAUUGAAUUAGAUCCCCAGGGAGAGGCAGCACAAAGUGCAAAUGAAUCAAAAAAUGAGUAGGAAUACUGUAGAGUGCCAAUUACUGUACAAACUGGGUGAGCACUACUGCUGUCAUUGCUUGCACCUAACUUCAUUUACUGUGACGCUUGUUUCUCUGCAGAUUUUGCAUUAACUUGUGUGUACAGAGGUGAAAGGUGCUUUCUGAAUGUUGCAUAUUUAAAAUUUUUCAUGUGCAGUAUGGCUCGGGAUAUUGUUUGGCCUUUUGCAUGUUUCUCUACAAGAGAAUUGAGUUACCUCACAGAGAACAGAUACAUGGAAGCGGACUCCUUGCCUGUAGAGCCUGCAUGCUUUUUAUUCUUUCUUUUAAGUUAUAUUUGCCUUUAUUUAAAAACGAUAAAAAGCCCCUCUUUUAGAAACCACCUCUGUAUACGGGGAGCUUUAUCACUGAAAAUUGGAAGCCAUCUUAUAAAAUUAUUCACAUUUUUUCUUCUACGAUUCAACUAAUUGAAGGAUUAAACUAAAGAAAAAUCUCUUAAGAACAUGAACCUUUGAAUUUAAGAAAUUUGUUUAUUCCAUGAUAAAUAAUUAUUUGGGUCAAUUUUACAUGUUAUGAUUUUAUUCUCACUGUUAAAUUUACAUAACAAAUUAGCAGUCUGUUUAGUGCUCACCCAGAGGGGAAGAAGGUGGAAAAGGUGCACACACUACCUUCAGAAAUGCUUCGGUUAAUUACUUUGUAACACUACCUUUGCUGUGAUUUCAUUUGGGAUUUUCUAAGGGUAGAAUUUGGUCUCACCAACAAGUGAGGAUAUAGCCUUAUCUCAUGGAGGACGAGCUCCGUUCUUACUCAGGAGCAGUCAGGGUACAUUACAUAACAAUAGAGGAUGCCUCAUUUUAGCAAACUCAGUUUUUUUGUAUUCUUAAUUCCUUUUAUAAAUUUGAUCACAUGCUAACAAAAGACUGAAUGUCCUUGCAGCAACUAGUUUAAAAUAAUCAAGAUCUGUUUAUUGGGGAAUGGGAGAAAUAGGAAAAGAAAUGUGUAUAAGUAAUUAUAAUAUUGUAAAAUGGUAUCUAGAUUUUACAGCCUCAGUAGUCCGCCCAAAUAUCCACAUGAAUGAAGGAUCCAUAUUUGUGGUGAGAGAAAAAACACAGCCCCAAGGCAAUCUAUUAUGAUUUAGGUUGCAUUUCAAUUCUAAUAAUAAUUCAAUCAGAAAUCAAGCUCAUUAAGAGUUUCUUUUUUAACUAAUGCAAAUACUAGUACAAGGGGGCGGGUGUUUUUAGUUAAUUCAUUGCUUUAAAUCUUUUUUUCUUUAUUUGGCAUCCACAAUAUCCCCUUUUUAACUUUUUCUGGUAUUUGCUUAUUUUUAUGGUUGUUUAGCACACAGUUCAAGACCUUUCAGAUCAUGUUUGAACAAGCACUCCUUGAAGAACAUCUAAGCUUUUUGCUUUUUUUUAGAUGGACUUUUAAAAAAUAAUUUAUCUUUAUUAUUGAAAGUGUUACAGGUCCUUUUUUUCUGAGAUGGGCUUUUUAAAUUACACUAAUUAAGUUGGGGACGUUUAUUUUCCACAUUUUUUUUUUUGCAAGAAUACCUGAUAAUGCCCAUGAAAUUUAAUUUUGCAUCGUGACCAAAUUGAAAUUACUGUUUGUGCAAAACAAAAUCAUACCACAUUCACCCUUUAUUCUAAUCUGCUGAGAAAGGUGGUCCGGCUCUUCUAAACGCUUAACCAAAAAUUUAAAAAGUCAUUGAAGUUUUUAUAUAAAAUCAAACUUAGAGCAUUAAAAUUGAGGCUGAUGAUUUCAGGUGGAUACUAACAGUUUGAGGAGAAGUAGGUCCAGAUAUUCCCAAGGCAUAAAUUCUUGCCUAGAAACAUCAGAGCAGUUUAUUAAGUUAAGGAUAGUUUUCCCUCAGCAACCUAUGUGUUCAAAGGUUAGGCACACCAUUGCUGUUUUUAAAAUACAUGCACUGCUCAUACUACAUAGCCUGGGCUUGGGUUCCUCUUUCGGUUUGGUUAUUUAUUCAGUGGAUGACUAAGCCUGUUUCCUCUUAGCUUUCUAGUCUUCUCAACAGAAAGAGCAGUGUAUAUGACUGCAGUAUUUUCUAGCCUAGCUGGAAGUUGCAAUAAAAAUACUCUGAAACAUGGUUUUCAUCUGCAGUUGAAGGAAGCAAAGGGCUAAGCUUAUGAAGGAAAGCCUCCUUUGUUCCACACUCAAUAAUUUGUCGCACACAAUUAAUUGUAGCCGUGGUACCUUUUUGCAUGAUGUUUGGGGUAUUCAGUAGCCCAUGAUUGCUGCAAAAAGGUACUUUGAGCAAUUAAUUUGUGCUUGCUUUUAUCCUCUCUCAGAAAGUGGCCCAUUUAAAAAUUUGGCCGUAAAAGUUCAACUUUUGUAGAGUUUUACUGUUCAGAGAGGUUUUAUCCUAUGUGGUAGUCUAUAAAGUGAUGUAUGAGUUGAGUUAUGUAAAAUUUGUCACAGUAGUGUACAUGGAGUGAUCAUUUUACUAACAUAAAUAUUUUCUAUGUGUGUUUCAGUGGAUGACAAUCGAGCAGCAGAAGAAUGGUGUGCCUACCCUUUAAUGCUGCAGUUUAAAUAAGAGAACUUGUAUUAUGUCAUUUCAGAUUGUAGGCUGAGAGUUGUAAAUAGUGAAAAUUUGAGUUUUUCUAUUAUUUGUUUUGGUUAGAAAGUGAAUUUUAAAAACAAACCAAACUCUAAACUUUCUCAGAUUAAAAGUCCUGAGACCUGAAGAUUGUAAUAUUCAUGUCUGUGAAGCUUUUAAACAUUACACUUGAGAUCAGUCAUGACUUGAUAUUCAGGUAAAUUUUCUUUUCCAAGAAGCUUUUGAAUAAGUAUAUUUCCUCCAAAGGUCGGUCGGUCUCUCUUUCUUUUUCGUAGAUUAUUUUAAAGCACUAAUUGCAUUACAUUGGUAACUGCAAUAUAAAAUAGCCAUUAUUGUUUUGUGAAGCAUGGUUGAAAUUAGAUAGUGGUCCCUUUUAAAUUUCAUGAGCCUCUCAAAAAAAAAAAAAACUUAAAAAAAAUACAGAAAGCUGCUGAAUAUUUCAAAAAAUAUAUAUUUUACCUUAUUGUAGGUUUUGUAAAGUUAGUUUGUAAUAUUCAGGUGCACUUUUAAUGUUAACUUUUGUGUUCAGAGUUCCAUUAUACCAUGUAUUUCUUGAAGGUGGCUCAUCACAUGAUGGCUGGCUGUCAGUCUUGGUGCCGCAGUGAUCCCUUAAUAUUUGAUUUCUCUCUUGAUUUGGCACUUUCAGUGUAGAUAUUAUAGUUUGGGGACGUCCUCAUAAAGGUGUAAAAGAAAUUGGUCUAUUCGCAUGCUUAAUUUCUGCUCAUCAGAGUUUUGCAUGGUUCAAACAACAGUUGACCAUUUUUAUGGUAUGGGAAAGUGUAGUUCACAACUGUCUGUGUCACAAAAGCCUUUUCUCCUUGCAUUUUCCAGUAGCAGAUGAUGACAUUACUAUAUGAUAGUAUUCAGACUAAUGUUAGGAGAUAAUGUAUUUAAGAUCAGUUCUUGCAUUUUUUAUGAGAGAGCAUUCACAUAGAGUAGAUAAGCUAUCAUGCUAUAAAUAAAAAACACUAAUUCUGUGGAAGGCUAUCUAGUUGGUAUUUUUAUCAUUAGUUUUCUCAUUUCUGAGACAGUCAUCAAACUUGACAGUAAAGUAGUGUAAUACUUUGUUCAGUAGCUUAUAAGUGACUCUGAACCGUUUGUGAUGAGCUAUACAUUUAUUUCUGUCCCCCAAGAACCAUGAAGGACAAAGUCUCUUUCAGGAAGAAUAAUUUAUAUUUGUGUAUAAUACUUUUUAAUAUUAAGUUUGUUGUUAUUCUGAAGUUUAGAUGUUGCUUGAUAAACCUUUACUACAGCAGAUCAUGAAUAUGAGUAAGGCUUUGUGUAAUAAUAGGGGUCCUUAUGUGAAGUUAAUUACUGUUCAGUUCUGGUGAGCAAGCUUAUUAACAAGUGUGAAGUGUGUGUUAGCUUUAUUUGGUACACUUUUACUUUACAAUAUUGAAGUGCUUUUAGAACUCUGGUUAUCUUAUAUAAACCAUUACCUCAACCAAUUGGCAUUUCCAUUCUUCAACAUUUUACCUGAGCUAUAAGAUGAGCUAUAUGGGAUCAGAUAGUAAAACAAAUAAGGCACAAUGAGAAAUUUAGUUCCCAGUUUUCUGGAGAGAACUCUAAAUUAGAUGAAAAAUGACUGCCUGCAAAGGCCCGUAUCAUACAUAACUACCUUCUCUCAUUAGGCAGUACAUAGCAACCCUGGAGCUGCUAGUGAGCUGUGUUCCCCCCCUAUCCCAAGUAAGCACAUGGUGCAAGGCCUGGUUCUAAGACUUUGUGAUUCUCUUACAUUUCAUUGUCCCAUAAUAGUGAAGCUUGGAUUCAGUUAUUUUUAUAAAACAAUGAGUCACCCAGUGUCAGAACCUGAAAUUAUUUUUCAUUAUAGUAGAUAUAUGACAGUUCAAUAUCAUUUUCUUUAACAGGUAUUAUCCCCGUAGAUUUAAAUUUGAAACCACAUAUUUUUGCUUUUGUAAUUAUUAUUUUUUUAAACUCCAGAGAUGGUUUUCAUAUGAACCACCCUUUUCUAUAUAUUCAGGUUGCUGUCAUUGGUAAUAGAAUAUGGCAAUAGACUGAAUUGUUCCACUUAAUCUUUUAUAGGAGACAUUGAAAGUUAUAGGUUAAAUUUUGACCUUCAUGAAGCUAUCAAAGAUAAUUUUCCUUGUUAUUAUUCCAUUAUAAUUAGGUCUUCAUUAAUACUACAGUCAGGCCAGUGUUAUUAAAAACUUAAUGGCUUCAGCCAAAUAGCCCAUUUAGGAGACUAUUAAGCUGUAUAAGGAUUUUUAUUUUUUAAUGUAAUUGCUUUGAAACUCUACUGAAAUGGAAAAAUUUAUAAUUGUGGUACAAGGAAUGCAGGCCUCCAAAGUCAUCUUAGAUUUUUUGUUUGUUUGUUUGUUGUUUGGAUUAUUCUGCCCCUGAGACUUGAGUAGGAUUUGUUAAUGGGGUGACUGAAGAGAAAAUAGGAAAUUCUUUGCAUAUCCUCUGUCUCUUACUCCCAGAUAAAGUCUCAGUUGCCUUUUAAAUAGCAGAUAUCAGCCCUGUAGCUGUGUGCCCUCAGUGUUAUGAAGGAGAUUGGGGGAAAGAUUAAAAAGAAAGUAGGAUGGGAAAGUAUGUAGACUUGAGAAAAGGCUAAAGAUUCUGUCCUACAAUACUAAAAAUGAGUCACAGGAUAGAUAAUGUGGUGAAGUUGGGCCAUCUUCAUUUGAUAGUCAGAAAAAUCUUUUAGAUUGUUUGAAAAUGAGAAUGAAGGCUAAUGUUGAUUUGACAAACCAUAACAUUAAUUCUGCAACUGUUGGGGGAGGGGUAUAAUUUUAAAGUUUCCAGUUCAUUUAGAUCUGUAUCAAAAGCCGUAAAGCAAGCACUUUUAGUUAAUCAUAGAUUUAUUGGAUAAAGCAAAUACUAUAAUUAUAAUAUUUAACCUUUAUUGUUUGAAUAUGGAAAUGAACUCUUUAUCCUAUCUUGAACUGUCAUUGAACAGGCCAAGAUGAUCUUUUUAACACUGGAAAUGACCCUACACACAUACCAAAAAAAUCUAAAGCAGUUAAGACAUAUUUGAAGAUCCAUACCUCUUAGACUAUAGACUUGUCUUGGGAAAGAAUUUAUGAACUUAUAACCAGUAUUAGUACAGUCUUGGGUUCCUCGUUCUGCAUAAUUGCACCCUUUCUCAGGUAUGUCCUGAAAACAUAAAUUUUAAAAUAAUCUCUUUAGAGAUUAGCUUCUCAGUGGAUAGUGUGUAAGGGGACUCGGGGAGGGGGGCAGGGAUAGGGGUUGGACACAGGACACUGACUCAGUAAGAGCAGGGAUUUUUAACAUUCAAUAGCCAAAUAGAAUUUCAAUCUAGAAUAUUUUUACCCCCUCAGAAUGAGUGAAACAUUAUCUAUUACUCAGUAAAUAACCGGUGCUACACUCCUAAAAAUACUUUCUUUCAUUCAGGUGACAUUUUUUUUUCUGCUUGGUGGAAGCGUAUAUAGUAAACUUUACUGUCACUAGGAAAGCACUUGUUUGAAAUGUUUAAAAUACUAGAAAAGGGAUAAUUUAGCACUUUUUCAGUUACAACACUAAAGUCUUAAUUUAUCUUCAGUCUUAGGUACUGUAAGUUUUAGGGUGAUUACUUACAAAUGUAAAACAUAUUAUAUAAUAUGGGGUCAAAUCACAUUUCUAUAUAUCUUGUCUUAUUAAAAAAAGACAAUAACAUUUUGUACCUGUCAAGUAAUUCAAGUGAUUGCCUCAUUUUCCCCAUUUUAUUAAGCAUUUCAGGCUUAAGAAUUUGGAAUUUGAGAGGAGGUGAGGGGAAAAUUCCCCAAUAUGAAAAAUUGUGUCAGACCAUUUUAGAAAAAUAAAUCACUAGGAAAAUGGGUAGGGAUUCUCUCUCCCUUUAAGUCUUCAGGGAAUGAGCAGUAUUUAGAAUCUUUGGCUGAAAUUCAAGCCUUUUUACUGUGUAAAUUUUUAAUAUUAAUUCACUGACAUGCUUUUUACAUCAGAGGACUGAAAAUGGAUCUUAAUGUUUUUAAGUUGUGGAAGGGUAUAUUUCUAAAAUGGGGGGUGGGUGAUUAACUAGGUUAGUAUACCAGCAUUAGUAAGUUUAAGGAAUUCUAGUAUGUAAUAGCAAAGUGUUUGAUUAAAAGUCUAAUCCUAUCUUGCUAGUCGAAAUUAGUUACAUUCUGAUCUAGGAAAGAUAUAGUCAUUGGGUAUUGAUAUGCUGUGCUGUCAGAAAAUCAGACUGAGGUAGAAACCUUUAUCUGACGCCCACAUGUUGCUUGUUCUGAUGGGAUGUAUACAGACAGCAGCUUACUGCUGCUUCGGGAAGAAAUGUAUAAACUAUACAUUUGGAGUAUUUGCAUAUAAUUCUUUAUAACCUCCACUUUAAACUGUCAGACAUUGGUAUUUUAUCAGUCCACACUGUUGAUUAAAACUAAUGUUCUUAGGAAUCCAACUUGUACACACUGUUUAAAAACCCUCAGGGACAGUUUACACACUAUUCUCACUCAAUUCAGGUACUUUGAUGCUAUUCUUAAACCUAACAGUGACUUGUAUUUUUCUGUUUUACUUUUAUUUCGACGUGCUGGUAGCACAUCCUUGAUGAAUGUCAACUUAAAAACUCAGUUCAGGUAUCCAGGUAUAACUCAGCCAAACAUUUUAAAGCUGCAUAUAACUCCAGCACACGGUGCCUCACACUCUUAUAGUGGCAUUCUAUAUAUUCAGUUAUUACUACUGAGCAGAUAAUAUGGGGGUUCCUGUUAACAGUGUAUUUAAAAGACAAAACAAAAUGUGCAAAAAUCUAUAGCCAGCACAUGGAACACACACAUAGUUAAACUAUAUAUUUUUAAAUGCUACUAAAUAACCAGCACAAUUAAACAACAUUCCUUGCUGCUUCUGAAACUAUAACAGAUGCAGUUCCUUCUUGAUGUGGCUCUUCGUUCUUCACCAUACUACUACUAAAUUCAAGCACUGGUCCUUGGGUGUCUGACCUCUACAUUCUAGUUUAUGCAAUGUCUUUAGAGAAUUUUGUGCACUGGCCACUGUGAUGGAACCAUUGGGCCAGGAGUGCUUUGAGUUUAUUAGUAGUGAUUCUGCCAAAGUUGGUGUUGUAACAUGAGUAUGUAAAUGUCAAAAAAUUAGCAGAGGUCUGGGUCUGCCUAUUGGCAGACGAUUUUAUCAAUAUAUUUUGCAGCCUUGAAGUCCUCAUUGACAAGUUUCUUCUGAUGUGAAGUUCUAAUUCCAGAGUUUUAGCCCUUUGCAUCUUUAAUGUUAAGACUUGUCUACCAGAGGUCUUUAUUCAUUAAUAUUCCUUUUGUUUUCUACAGCACUAUCUGUGGUUAACAAAAUAGAUUAUUCCUCUGCUUUAAUAUUUGAUAUUUUACAUCUAAAAGGAAUUCUCCACAUACAAAACCCACAGCCUUGAAGAUAAGGAAAAUGGCAUCUUUCAAAUUUCUAGAAGUUCCAAGUGUCACUCAACAAAACAGGAACCCCCUUUACUCUUAUGGACCUCAUUUCAAUAUACUGUUUACAGUUUGACGGAAUUGUAUAAUUUAAUAUUUCUCUUGUACUGUAGUUUAUAUUUAUUUACAGAUUUUUUUGUACUGUGUGAUUUGAACUUUUUGUUCCUUGCUAUGAUCAAUGUUUAUGUAGUUGAGCACUUAUGAUCACAAAUUAAGUUUUUUGGUUUGAUUGCACUACAUUAAAUUUUUUAAUGCAGUUCUGAUUUUUGACUGGACUAAAAUAAGCUGUGUCUUAAUGUAUGUGAUGAGUACUUAAAACUUUAAUCCAUGUGAUCCCCUUUUUUUUGCAUUGUAUGUCAAAAGCGCUAGUUCUUUCGUGCAUGUGUAAGAUUUAAUGGUUCCAUUGUAUUAUUUGACCAUGACAUUUUGGAGAAACAUUCCCAGCUGUAAUGUUGUGUAUGGUAGUUCUCACUGGAUGCUAGACUUUUCAAAACCACUAUUCUUCUAAUAAAUUUGUUGUGAAAAACUUUUAAAA